UCGUCGUUCGUUUCGUUUUCCACCCAUCAAAUCAAAAACUGGUCCUAUGUCAGUGAUUUGUUUGCGACCAGUUUUCGAUUACAAAUAAAAAAAGCAUUAAAUAAAUUCUAAAAUCAUUAAAAAAAUAAGUGCAUUAUAAAUUCUAAUCCAAGUCCUAUCAUGGACCACUUGAAAUUAGUAAAAGAUCUGCACAAAUCUGUGCUAAAUCCACAAGUGUCCAGCAGUGUCCAACAACAGACAAGUUCUCGACUCCACCAUUUUUGAAUAAGUUGAAGUUAAAAUUGUGUUUUGUUUCUUUUUCUAUUUUUAUUGUUUUUUUUCUGUUGCUGCUGUUUCUGUUAAUUUCUCGAUAAUUUGUGAUUUCGUGUUUGUUCGUUUGGUUCGUUUAUUCAAAUAGAAAUUUAUUUGUUUAACAAUAAAGAAAAAAAGUUCUUUGCCGAUCUUGGUCUGAUUGGAUUUAAUUGAUUUAAAUUGAGUUUUCUUUUUUUUGUAUUGUUGUUGGAUUGUUGACUGUUUUAUUUUGUUUUGUGUGGUGCGUCGUCGUCGUCUAAGUGGGCCUCCCCUCUCAUAGGUGAGGUGAAGGCAAAGGCGAGGGUGGAGCAAUUUGAGAGCGCGACACGACCACGACAACGACCACGAAAAAUUCCCAGGCGUAGUAAAAAUGCAAUCGGCGGUAGCAAGCACUAGUGCUGGACAUAGUAGCUCUGCUUCCACCCCUAGCAACAGCAACAGCAGCUCGUGCAGCGCUCUGGUAAACAGCCAUGCAGUGGUUGUGUGGGAGUUCGAGUCGCGCGGAGGCAAGUGGUUGCCGUACAGUCCUGCUGUGUCGCAACAUCUGGAGCGGGCGCAUGCCAAGAAGCUCACCCGAGUGCUGCUCAGCGAUGCCGACCCGAAUCUGGAGCAAUUCUAUGUGAAUGUUAGGACGAUGGUGCAGAGUUCCGAGGACGUCCAGGUGCCUAUGAUCAGUGUCCGUCGGAUGUACUACAAACCCACCUCACCAGCGGGCAAGGGCACCAAAUGGGAGUGGGUGGGAGCGAGUGGCAACGAUUGGCAUCCCUACAACAUGCACGUCCAGUGCAUUAUCGAAGAAUCAUGGGCUAAGGGCGAGCAAACCCUGGACUUGUGCAACACGAAUAUUGGACUUCCGUAUACAAUAAAUUUUUGUAAUUUAACUCAAGUACGUCAGCCAAGUGGGCCAGUUCGCAGCAUUAGAAGAACACAACAAGCGCCAUAUCCGUUAGUCAAAUUGACACCGCAACAAGCGCAACAAUGGAAUAGUAAUACAGAAAAAAUCAACCCACCACAGCCACAACCACAACUACCACCGAAUUCAACAGUUCCGAAAAUCCCACCGAAACCCUAUCCCAAACCGAGACACCUGCAGGCACCAAGUCUCCAAGUAACCCAAACGCUUGGCAUACCCCACUCGACAAAUCCAAAUCAUAAUAAUAAUAAUAACAAUAACAAUGCUAACAAUCACAAACAACGCACAACAAAACAACCCAAACAUAAGAAUCCCAACGAAGUAUCGACGACAAAUCUUCGUCAAAUACUCAACAAUCUCAAUAUCUUCAGCACAAAAAAUGCAUCAUCAUCAUCAUCGAGCGGCAGCGGUGGCGGUGCUUCAUCAAGCUCACAAAACGGUCAGCUAACAUUGGGCAAUACACAUUUCUCGCAUUCGAAUAAACUCACCGCAUCAAUUCAUAGCCAUCAUAGUCGCAGCUCCGAAGGAUCUCAUCAUUCUCGUCUCGGUUCGCAUCGUUCCCGUUCGAGAACUCGCAUUUCCGAAACCGAUUCCAGCAGCUUGAAGUCAAAUCGGCGGCCCAGUGUUGACACGGUAUCGACGUAUCUCAGUCACGAAAGCAAAGAGAGUCUACGUAGUCGGAAUUUUGCGAUUUCCGUCAACGACCUGUUAGAUUGUUCAAUUGGCAGUGAUGAGGUGUUUUCUUCGGUUCACGAUCGCAAUAUACCCCCACCACCGCCUCCUCUGCCGCAACAGCAACACCACCUUCACCAUCAACAGCAGCAGCUGCAACAUCAGCAACAGCUAACUGGCUCGAUAGUGGGAGUUGAUCCCGCCAGCGAUAUGAUCAGUCGUUUCGUGAAAGUGGUCGAUCCGCCGCAGUGGCCAAAUGCCCAGCCCUGUCCGAUGUGUAUGGAAGAGCUGGUGCACAAUUCGCAGAACCCUACCAUUUCGCUGAGCCGCUGCCAACACCUGAUCCACUUGCAGUGCCUUAACGAGAUGAUCAUCGAACAGCAGAAGGAUGUUACAAAGGUGGGUGCUUGUAGUAGUCUCCCCUUAUGGGAACCCAAUAUGGUUAGCUGUGUCCAUUUCCAGAAUCUCUUUAUCGAGUGCCCCGUCUGUGGGAUAGUGUAUGGCGAAAAAGUUGGCAAUCAACCUGCUGGCACUAUGUCUUGGAGCAUAAUUGGCAAGAAUCUGCCUGGACACGAGGGUCAGAAUACAAUUCAAAUUGUAUAUGACAUUGCUUCGGGUAUUCAAACAGAAGAACACCCUCAUCCAGGACGAGCUUUCUUUGCCGUGGGAUUCCCUCGUAUCUGCUAUCUGCCCGAUUGUCCCUUGGGACGAAAGGUUCUAAGAUUUCUCAAAAUAGCCUUCGAUAGACGCCUGUUGUUUUCCAUUGGACGUUCGGUAACAACGGGCCGCGAAGACGUCAUCAUUUGGAAUAGUGUAGACCACAAGACACAAUUCAAUAUGUUCCCCGAUCCGACAUACCUGCAGCGGUGCAUGCAGCAAUUGGUGCAUUUAGGAGUAACUGACUGAUUAUAAUUUUGUUUACUUGUUUGUUUUUUUUUUGUAUGAUUUAACCAUACAGCAGGUUUAAGUUUAAAAAUGCGAAAACCGAUAGAAGAGAAAAGAGAAGAAGGUGUGCAAUUUUUGUUUUGAAUAUCCCCAGUUUGGGUAAGCCAAACGUUAAAAGAAAAAUCUAAGCUAAACUCAUGAGCAUGACACUUUAAAAUAAAUGAAAAAAGAAAAUAAGAAACAAUAUAAGAGAAUCUCUUGCCAUCAGCCAUUUGAAAAAAUCAUUCUAUAUUUUUUUAUAUUCUUUUUGUAUUUAAUUUGCUUUUUUUAAAAAUACUUAUUUACACAAAUGUUUCCAUAAAUGAGAU